AUGGAAGAAAAAACAAUGCAGAUGACAAAAUUGAAAAUUGAAUUAAAUGCUUAGAAGCAAUAAUAGUAAGUGAGAUUAAAGACAUUUGAGAACCAUAGAGAAUUGAGAGCCAAGUUAGAAUAUGAUGAUUUAAUUAAAGAUUUCGAAGAGCAAUGCAAUGUUCUUGAUGAACAAUAUGCAGAAUUUUAAUUAGAUGAAAAAGCCAAAGAAGAACAAGAAUAUAACUCUGAGGUUUAUGAAAAAUCAAUGUUAGCUAAUCUAGAUAAUAUAAACUUUGAAGCCCCUGAAGCCGUAGAGGAAGAAUUUAAUUGAUCAUUACUUCCAAUUAUUUUCAUCUAACAAAUUUAUUACAAGCAAUUCUAAA